UUCAACGGCACUUGUGAUUAUCGUCAGCAUAACAGCGAUUCUUGUGCUUGGCACACUCAUUUGGUGAGUAAAUAUUUUAAUUUACCCUUGCGCAGAUCGUUUUGUUUCUGUAAGUUAGCGCCAGUGUUUUGUGCCUGCUAUGAUGUGUGUAGUAAUGUCGGCUAACGCUAGCUAACUAUAUUAUGGACAUAACGUGACUCUAUUUUGAUGAAACUUCCAUAACUUCCUCUGUGUUGAAAAUAGGUAACUUUCAAGACUUUUGUCACGAUAAAAUUGAGGAAAAACUUUAAUGUAGCAGUAACGUUAACGGUCGCGGGCGUGCUCGUCACGCGCACGCGCCCACCUGCCAUGCAAGUAACAUUUGUCAUCGAGUACUGACUAGCAGCUAGCAUGAUGAUGAGAGACUGAUCCCGGCGGUUUGGGAGUUUCCUGAGUUUUAUAACUGUUGUUUGUAAGCUCAGGCAGAACAUCAGAACAAGUCUGGAUGUAUCCUUUUAUUUUAAUAUAGUAUUUUAAUAUAUUUUAAUAUUACUACCCAGAUCCGUCUUGGUUCGCUACAGACAAGAGUGUUUACCUGUCUGAAAAGAUCUUUACACUGAGUUUAUCAUAGUCUGCUAUGAUAGGGAACAUAUUUGCUGGCAUACUCAGUGGCUUACAUUGUUCUUUAAGGUCAUCUUGUACAUAAUAUGUACAUUUUAAUACUGGGAGCUGUCAUUGUGGGUUAUUGGCCUAUGUUACAGGUUUCACAUGUACUUGGUUGUGCUAAAUUGUUGUAUUUUUUUUUAACUGCCCCCUUCCAGGCUCAAGCAGAUGGUGAUCAAUCCACACAUUCCAUAAUCCCAGCAAUAAAAGAUUUUUCAAAACGACAAACCGUUUCCUAUGCAGUGGACAUGUAAGUACUGCACAUUUUGUGCUGAAAAGAGGGGCUACUUACUUAAACAUUACCGCUUAAAACACGGGUGCCACACUCGAAUAUCACCACUACCAUGCCUUCAUAAGGAAUGCCUGUGCACAUUUAAAUCUUUCAAUGCACUCAAAGUCCACUUAUCAACAUGGCACACUCAAAAGGACUUAGGGAACGUGGGUGAAACUGCUUUCCAUUGUCAGCUGUGUGACUUUGUGGAGCCUUGCACUGAUGCUGACUUUUUUACCCAUUUACGAAGACAUUUGAAGCUGAAGCAAAAGGUUUCUUGUCCAUAUCAAGGCUGUAACUUUCAGAGCAAUGUUUAUUCAACCUUUAAUGCACAUAAAAGCAAAGAACAUCAAGACCACAAUAACAUGGCAUUCAAACCUGAAAUUGUGUCACAUAAUGAACUUGAGGAACCUCCACCUCAUACAAAUAUUCAACCCGAGGAUAGUGCCCCUGAAACUGAUGAGGUUGAGUUUGAGGUUACUGAGCUCAGUGAAGAUGUGGAGAACUUGGAGAGUCAGUUGGAACAUAAUGUAGCUGCUCUAUUUCUGAAAAUGAAAUCAAUUCUUAACAUCUCUGAAAAUGCCCUGCAAGAAGUUAUAGAGCAGAUCAAUCAAAUUUAUGUGCUUUCACAGCCAUUGUUACAUACAUCUGUUAAAAAAAUACUAAAUCAACAUUGUGGAGAUGUUGAGGACUCUUUAGUGAGUGAGAUAGUUAAAGUAUUUACUGAGAAUAAUGUAUUCCUAAAAUUCACCUCUACUGGGGGGUCAUUGUCAACCACUAGCAAGCGAACAUCAUACAUUUCAAAAGAAUUCUCAGUGGUAACGCCUGUUGAGUUUGUCCUAAAAGAUGACAAGCAGACAUUUGUGUAUAUCCCCGUACUAAAAAUGCUGCAGACAUUGCUAAACAAUGGAGACAUUUUAGAUAAGGCCAUGUCACCUGAGCCAAAUUUGUCACAAGGAUACCGAUCUCACAGGGAUGGUUCCCGGUUUAAAGACAAUUCUCUCUUGACAGAGGAAGAAUUCAGGAUUGCUCUUUGCUUGUACAUAGAUGAUUUUGAGGUGGCUAACCCCUUAGGAACCUCCAGAAAGAAACACAAGCUAUGUGCCAUUUACUGGGUACUUGGAAAUCUACACCCUAAAUAUCGCUCCUCUCUUCAUUCCAUUCAGCUUGCUCUACUUUGCAAGGUCAGCAGUCUCAAAGACCAUGGUUAUGGGGAAAUUCUCCGUCCACUCAUUCAGGACCUUGUUUUUCUUGAGCAACAGGGUGUAUAUGUUGAACAGUUAGGAGCCAGCAUAAAAGGCACAGUAUUAUUUGUUGCAGCAGAUAAUUUAGCUGCCCAUUCUUUGGGAGGGUUCUUUGAGAGCUUCACAGUAAGUCAGAUGUGCCGAUUCUGUAUGGCCAAACGGGAGGAAAUACAACACAAGGAAGUGAGGACAGGCUCAUUUCCAUCAAGAACAAAAGAAAAUCAUGAUAGACAGGUGCAAGAUGUAUUGCAGGAUCCUACCAUGGCUCAACAAUAUGGCGUGAAAAGAAGCUGCCCACUUAGUAAAAGCUUGGAACAUUUUCAUGUUGUCAAUGGGUAUCCUCCAGACCUUUUGCAUGAUCUUCUGGAGGGUGUUGUUCCGGCUGAACUGGCUUUGUGCUUAAAGGCACUAAUAUCAAAGGGAUACUUCUCACUUGAAAUCCUGAAUGUGGCUAUUAAACAGUUUCCAUAUACAUUUUCAGACAGAACAAACCAACCCCAGAUCAUCGCAAAGAACUUUGCUUCCAAAGCAACAAUUGGAGGAAAUGGUCAUGAAAAUUGGACACUCCUUCGCCUUCUGCCACUACUGAUAGGUCAUCACAUUCCCGAGGGGGAUGAAACCUGGGAGGUUUUAAUGAACUUAAAAGAUGUAGUGGAAUUGUCAGUGUCUGCAAGCUUCUCAGAGGAGUCAGUGUGCUUUCUUGACUGCAAGAUUGCAGAACAUAGAGAUAUAUUUCAGAAAGUUUUCCCGAAUGAGAAGCUACGACCGAAGCACCACUACAUUGAGCACUAUCCUCAACUAAUUCAAACUUUUGGUCCAUUGUGUGAUGUGUGGACAAUGCGUUUUGAAGGCAAACACAAGUUCUUCAAGAAAGUUGUGCGUCACAUUCACAACUUCAAAAACAUACCCCUUACUUUAGCUCUCAGACACCAGCAUAUGAUAGCCUUCCAUUUAGCUGCUACCUCCUUUUUCAAGCCAUCUGUUGAAAUUAACAAAGUGAAGUCUGUAAUGGUUGCUUCAUUUCCUGAAAAUGUGAAGAACCGUCUCCAUCUCAGGAAUAACCAGAACACAGUCCUUGUAGCAGCUUCUGUUUGCAUAGAUGGCAUUAAGUACAGUGCUAAUAUGGUAAUUUCCGUUGGAUCGUGCUCAGGGCUGCCAGAUUUCAGACAAAUAGCAAAGAUUGUGGUGAUCAAUACAGACAUAAUAUUUGUCUGCAGACUUAUGAAAUCAUGGUACAAUGAGCAUCUUAGAGCGUACGAGCUCUGUAGUAGCCAUUUGCCCACGUUCUCUGUCACUCAGUUGUCUGAAUUAAAUGAUGUUUUCCCGAUUUCACUUUACAGAGUUGUAGACAAGCAGCUUGUCACACUGAAACGGCACAUAUUAUGCUGAGA